AUGCUCUCCUUCCUGGGCUGGGGCUCCAGCUCCAAGUCAGACGCAAAUACGCCAAAACAUCAAGAUAAUGCCUCCACGAAACCAGACCAAUCGUCCUCACAACUCUCCCCUGCCGCCACACCAACAUCAACACAACUAGCCCAACCACCCGCCACAAAAGACACUACCAACCUAAAACUCCUCGUCGGAGGAAUGGCCUUCUUCGCCUUCUCAGUCUUCAUCACACGACGAGCACACAUCAAGAAACGCAUCGCCUGCAUUCCGCCCUUCUACACCAGCUCAAUGUUCCACCAGCCCCAAGCCAACGGCGCAAUGGAAGCAUUCGAGGCCCUCAAUCUUGCCACAAUCAACGUCAUGUCCUUUGGAAUGAUGACUGCCGGCGGUAUCAUGUACAUGUUGGAUGUGAAUGGAGUUGACGAUAUGCGACGGAUUAUGCGGGGUGGGCUUGAAGGUGCUGCGGCGGGUAAGUCGGAUGAGGAGCUUGAGAAGGAGGUCACGGAUUGGGUUGCUAGUGUGCUUGGGGAUCGCUUUGAGAAGCAGCUUGAGAAGGAACGGGCGAAGAAGCGGGAGCUGGGCGAAUUGAAGGAAUAG